GAGUCCGUCGAGGCAUUAUUGACACCCUGGAGCUCGAUCGAUUUUGGUCGAGUGAAACGACGCGUCGGUUGGUAAACUGCAUAAAGGCAGUAAUAAUUAGGUUUUCAUCCUUCACGAGGUCGCAUGUGCAUCAGGUGAGUGGCUCCCGCUCGUAGGUCUCGUAAGUUGUUUGUUGUGCAGUGAUGACAAUUGUGUGAUCGAUCACAUGCUGCCAGUCUGGUGGUUCUUUCAAAUUUGAUGUUAUUCGAUCAAAUUUGAAGGCCAGAUCAAUGCGACUUUUUUCGGACUAUUUCACAGAUUCCUAUUUGAUUCGCAAAUAUGCUGCGGAUAUGCUCCAGGAAUCCCAGCGCGUACCGAUCUGUAGGACGAUCGAUCUACUCGGUAUCAUGCCUCCAAAAUGUCAUGGAAGAAGUAGGUACUAACCGUUCGAAUGAACUACGCGUGGGGGUGUUGGGACUGGGUGCGAUCGGGACCAUAUUUUUCACUCGAUUGGGACGUUUGGCCGCCAGUGUCAAGGCGAAACGAGAGUUGCCAACACUCACAGUUGACGCGUUCGUUAAAGCCGAGCGAUUUGAGAAUUGGACGAGAAAUGAGAAGCUUCAGUUGUGUCUUCAAGUCUCUAAUGAGGAGACAUUGGCGUUUCGAUUGGAUGAUUUGAACGAGAAGGUGGCGACGGUGCUGGAUGCCCCGAAUGUUCGAGUACGCACAUUGGACAGCGUAGUAGCGGACGAUUGCGAUGGCAAAUUGGACGUAUUGUUAGUGGCAGUGAAGGCGUACGACAACGUUAAGGUGAUUCAUGAACUUAGGGAGAAGAGCAAGCACUUGAUGAAAGACGGCGCACUGUGUGUGCUGCUCCAGAACGGACUUGGUGAAGUACCGAGAGACGGGGAAAAUGCGUUAGAUAGAGUGGAGGAUCGAUGGGAGUUUGCCAAUGGAGUGACAUUUGUUGGUGGACGAGUGGUGGAGUUUGGGAGUGUGGUGACGAGCGGACUGGACGUGGGGAUGACGUACCUCGCUCCGUUUGGUGGAUCAGAAGAGGAAAAGCAACGAAGUACCAAGAUUGAGAUGCUAACGGAGAUUUUUCUUGCUGCAGGUCUACGUUGCGAGAUAUUGGAACCCAGCAAGAUGCAAGCAAUGCUCUGGCGUAAAUUGAUUGUAAAUGCGGCGAUCAACCCCCUGGCAUGUCUGUUGAAUGCACCAAACAAGCUUCCAGCGAAGGUAGUCGGCAUUGCGUGAAUAUGGUGGUGCAGGAGGCCCUCGCCGUCGCUAAAAGCGAGCAGAUUCCGUUGAGCUGCUCACAAAAGGUACCAGCUAUGCCGUCGAGGAUGCUUCUACUAGCUUUUCUGACAAGUUUUUGUCCGUGUGCAGGAACUUGUGGAUGAUAUCCUUGAAGUGGCUCGAAAUACGGGCACAAAUGUGUGCUCCAUGCUGGCAGAUCUGCGUCGCGGCUCAAAAACUGAGAUCGACGCUAUCACCGGGCGGAUUGUUGCAGGUGGCAAACGGCAAGGAAUUCCCACUCCAACCAAUGAGAUGUUACUCUCGCUGAUCAAGGCACUUGAGGAAGAAGGAACACGCCGAAUCGAAUAGACAAUACGGGAAUGGCUUUCUGGGACUGGCUUUGAGGGUCCGUACACACAUCGUACACAUGCGUAAUCUGAUAACUGCGUCUCGAGUCAGGUUACCGGUACACGUCUAACAAAAACCAGAGCAGCAAAAGAGGUGCAUCGCUUCAAACCUGACAAUAAAGCUAGGCACUGUGAGGCCAACGCCGCGAAGAACAGCAUCAAUAUCACAAUAAAGCCAAUCGAGUUCAUGUACGUGAGCUCAAAAAAAAA